UUUUGGUGAAAAAAUACCCGCAGCAACUGACGAUGGAAAAUGGAAACUACGAGAGUUCGCCAUCCGGUGUGGUGCUGUGAAUUGUUUUUCGGUUAGUUCGACUGCAUUCAGCGAUCGUCACAUUGGGGUAAACGUAAAAGUCCAAAAACUCAACAAUGUCAUCAGUAAAAGUUGCAGUACGCGUUCGACCAUUCAACAAUCGAGAAAUAUCACGAGAAUGUAAAUGUAUAAUAAAGAUGGGUGGUAAUACAACCACCAUACUAAAUCCCAAAGAUGAUAGAAACACAAAAGAUGCUCAAAAAAUACACUCAUUCAAUUUUGAUUAUUCAUAUUGGUCACAUGACGAAGGCGAUCCGGAAUUCUCUUCGCAAUUGGUAGUUUACAAGGACAUAGGCGAAGAGAUGUUGCAGCACUCUUUCGACGGCUACAAUGUCUGCAUAUUCGCUUACGGACAAACUGGCGCGGGAAAAUCGUACACCAUGAUGGGUAAACAGGAAGAGGGCCAGGAGGGCAUCAUACCGCAGAUCUGCAAGGAUCUGUUCAACAAAAUACGUACCAACAGCUCGCCCGAUAUCAAGUACUCAGUGGAGGUGAGCUACAUGGAAAUCUACUGUGAAAGAGUGCGGGAUCUUCUCAAUCCGAAGAACAAAGGGAAUUUGAGAGUGCGUGAACACCCUCUUCUCGGUCCCUACGUGGAGGAUCUCAGCAAGUUGGCAGUCACUAGCUACCAGGAUAUUCAUGACCUGAUAGACGAGGGCAACAAAGCUCGUACCGUGGCUGCAACCAACAUGAAUGAGACCAGUUCUCGAUCUCAUGCAGUUUUUACCAUAUUUUUCACACAACAGAGAUACGAUGAUACAACUCAGCUGACCACAGAAAAAGUAUCGAAAAUAUCCUUGGUGGAUCUCGCCGGUUCCGAAAGAGCGGACUCCACCGGAGCCAAAGGCACCCGUCUCAAAGAAGGCGCCAACAUCAACAAAAGUCUCACGACUUUAGGCAAAGUCAUAUCCGCAUUAGCCGAAAUCGCGUCCAAGAAUAAGAAAUCGAAAAAGGCCGACUUCAUCCCUUACAGAGAUUCGGUCUUGACGUGGCUUCUUCGCGAGAACCUAGGCGGUAACAGUAAAACGGCCAUGAUCGCCGCCAUAUCACCAGCUGAUAUCAAUUACGACGAAACUCUCUCAACCCUAAGAUAUGCUGAUCGCGCCAAACAAAUCGUAUGCAAGGCCGUGGUCAAUGAGGAUGCCAACGCCAAACUUAUCAGGGAACUCAAGGAGGAGAUCAUGAAGCUUAGGGAACUUCUGAAGGCUGAAGGAAUUGAAGUUCAAGAAGGCCCCGAUGGUAAAAUAGUUUAUGAAAAAAGGGAGCCAGCUAGAGUUGAAGAAAACAUGGUGGUUAGAAACAACAAAGAAAACGCCAGAUCAAGAACUACGUCCACAACAAUUGCCGAAGAAGCUGUUGACCAGCUACAAGCCAGCGAAAAACUCAUUGCAGAAUUGAAUGAAACUUGGGAAGAAAAACUGAAGAAGACCGAAGAAAUUCGUGUACAACGUGAAGCAGUUUUCGCAGAAAUGGGUGUCGCCGUUAAAGAAGAUGGCAUCACAGUGGGCGUGUUUUCUCCUAAACGCACUCCUCACUUGGUAAACCUAAACGAAGACCCAUUCAUGUCAGAAUGUUUAAUAUAUUACAUCAAGGACGGUUUAACUAGAAUAGGAUCCGCUGAAGCUAACAUACCUCAAGAUGUGCAACUGUCUGGAUCCCAUAUAAAGCCAGAGCAUUGCGUCUUCGAAAACAAAGACAAUAGAGUCACAUUAGUUCCUCUCAACAAUGCUUUAAUCUAUGUUAAUGGAAGAGAGGUGACAGAACCGAUUUUGUUGACAACCGGUUCCAGAGUGAUAUUGGGUAAGACGCACGUUUUCAGAUUCACUCAUCCCGACGAGGCCAGAGAAAUGAGAGAGAAGAAUACACCUCUAGAAACACUUGACUGGAGUUUCGCCCAGAACGAACUGUUGGAGAAGCAAGGCGUCGAUUUAAAAGCGGAAAUGGAGAAGAAAUUGUUAAAUUUGGAAGAGCAGUAUCGUAAAGAAAAAGAAACGGCAGAUCAGUUAUUUGAAGAACAAAGAAAGAAUUAUGAAGCUAGAAUUGAUGCCCUCCAAAAACAAGUAGAAGAGCAAAGUAUGACAAUGUCUAUGUACAGUUCGUACACUCCUGAAGAUUUCAAUAAUGAAGACGAUAUAUUUGUGAACCCUCUGUUUGACGCAGAGUGCAACUGGACCGAGAAAGAGUACGAGUUGGCAGCGAGCGCCUGGAGAAAAUGGAAACACCAUCAGUUCACGUCUUUGAGGGACGACCUCUGGGGCAACGCAAUCUUCCUCAAGGAAGCCAACGCCAUUUCUGUCGAGCUCAAAAAGAAGGUUCAGUUCCAAUUUACUUUGCUAACAGAUACAUUAUAUUCACCAUUACCAGCUGAUCUAAGACCUGCCAUUGACUAUGACCAAGAUGAAGAUAGCAAUGUGCCCAGAACCAUUGUUGCUGUUGAAGUUCAGGAUACAAAGAACGGCGCUACUCACUACUGGUCAUUGGACAAGUUACGGCAAAGACUCGAGCUCAUGAGAGAGAUGUACCACAACGAAGCUGAAAUGUCGCCCACAUCACCGGACUAUAAUGUUGAGUCAUUAACUGGUGGAGAUCCAUUUUACGACAGAUUUCCAUGGUUCAGAAUGGUUGGACGUGGAUUUGUGUAUCUCAGCAAUUUAUUGUAUCCCGUUACCUUGAUCCAUAAAGUCGCAAUUGUGAGUGAAAAGGGAGAUGUUAGAGGUUAUUUGAGAGUUGCUGUACAAGCUGUCAUUGAUGAGGACAACUCUGAUCAAGUUGGAGUUCGGCAGAGUGCCAGGAUUGCGUUUGAAUCCAAUCCGAAAGCAAUAAUGGACAGAAAUAUGCAUAACUUGGAAGAAAGAAUCAUAGAAGGACACAAUAACAUUGAUCCUAUUAAACUGGAUGAACUUAUAGAAUGUGACGCCGAUUCUGGAAGAGGAGACAGCUCGGUAUCUUCAGACUUAAAGGAGGAAGAAAUUCCAGACCACCUCGCCGUUGGAAAAGAAUUUACCUUUAGAGUGACCGUUUUACAAGCUGUUGGCAUUUCCACUGAAUACGCAGACAUCUUCUGCCAAUUCAAUUUCUUACACCGACAUGAUGAAGCUUUUUCAACAGAACCUGUCAAAAAUACCGGCAAAGGCACGCCAUUAGGCUUUUAUCACGUCCAGAAUAUUACCGUUUCUACGACAAAGUCAUUCAUAGACUACAUCAAGACGCAGCCAAUCGUCUUCGAGGUGUUUGGUCAUUAUCAACAGCAUCCAUUGCACAAAGACGCAAAACUUGAGGGAUCAGUUCGUCAACCACCGCGUAGAAUGUUGCCACCUUCUAUACCAAUUUCACAACCAGUAAGAUCUAGCAAAUUUGGCGCUUUGCCUUCACCAUGCACCGCCCAUAUUCACGCCAAGGUAGACGUCUUGGUAUGGUUCGAAAUUUGCGAGUUGGCACCCAAUGGAGAGUACGUUCCUGUUGUUGUCGAACACAGUGAUGACUUACCAUGUAGAGGAUUGUUCCUACUUCACCAGGGUAUUCAACGUCGUAUACGCAUCACAAUAGUCCAUGAUCAAGCGGCUGAAAUAAAAUGGAGAGAUGUACGCGAAUUAGUCGUCGGUAGAAUCCGCAAUACACCUGAAUCAGACGAAGAUGAGGACAACGACAAUUCCGUACUUUCUUUGGGAUUAUUCCCUGGCGAAUAUUUGGAAAUUCCUGGUGACGACAGGGUGAUGUUCAGAUUCGAAGCUGCUUGGGACAGUUCCUUACACAACUCUCCUCUGUUGAACAGAGUUACAUCGCAGGGAGAACAGAUCUUUAUGACCAUAUCUGCUUAUUUAGAACUCGAAAAUUGUGGUCGUCCAGCAAUUAUCACCAAAGACCUCAGCAUGGUGAUGUACGGAAGAGACGCGCGUACCGGACCUCGAUCUUUGAAGCAUCUGUUCUCUGGAAGUUACAGAAAUGCCGAAGCUAACCGAUUGUCUGGAGUCUACGAAUUGUUGCUGCGUCGUGCUAGUGAAGCAGGUAGUCCAGGAGUGCAAAGACGCCAGCGCAGAGUGCUUGACACCAGUUCCACUUAUGUAAGAGGAGAGGAGAAUCUCCACGGUUGGAGACCUAGGGGUGAUUCUUUGAUUUUUGACCAUCAGUGGGAGUUGGAAAAGUUAACUCGUUUAGAAGAAGUUGAACGCGUACGUCAUACUUUGUUAUUAAGAGAGAGGCUGGGCUUGGACAGAGCUUUGAACAGCAACAAAUACCAAUUGGAAUAUACCAAGAGCGAAAAGGAAGUCUGUAACAUGGUCGCUAAAAACAACAAUCUCAACAACGGUGGAAACCUCGACUCUUACGAAUAUAAUGACAGCGAGAAAGAACUAGUGAUGAAGUGUGUACGCUUGAUCCAAGGACGCUCUCGCUCCGACCCCGCCAAGUCCAAGGACACCGAUGUGACCAGUCCCUCGGAAGAGAUGACCGAUAUGAGCACCAGCAUGAUCUCCAGCAUCAUGUCCAACGGUUCGAUAGAACUGAGCUCGCCGGAAAGAGCUCCAUUGCCGGGCGAAUGCGCACCAUUCCCUCCCGUGCCGGUUUCAUCGCCCGGACCAAGAGAUCCCGAGCUGGUGCUCUACGUUCCCGACAUGGAAGAAAUCAGAAUUUCACCCGUCGUUGCCAGGAAGGGAUAUUUGAACGUGCUCGAGCACAAGACACAUGGUUGGAAGAAGAGAUGGGUGGCUGUUCGACGUCCGUACGUAUUUAUCUUCCGUGAUGAGAAGGAUCCAGUGGAAAGAGCUCUGAUUAAUUUGGCAACAGCUCAAGUCGAAUACUCUGAAGAUCAGUUGGCCAUGGUUCGUCUCCCGAAUACUUUCAGCGUAGUAAGCAAACACCGUGGUUACUUGUUGCAAACUCUUCAUGAGAAAGAGGUUCACGAUUGGCUUUACGCCAUUAAUCCUUUGUUGGCGGGACAAAUCAGGUCCAAAUCAUCAAGGAGGAAUCCUCAAAACCUCAAGGAAACGAACGAGGUUAUGGUGAGCGUGAAUAAUAAAUGAGAUUUAAUUACUAUGGAAUCCAUACUGGUUUAUUAAACUUAAUGCUUAAUGUGUAUCUCUAUGUUUAACUCUAUAACAUUUUAGAACUUAAAACGUACUAAAAUAUUCUAUGAUUUGUUUCAUAAUUUAUUAACCAAACAGAGUCUAGCAAUUUGGAGACAUUGACGACGGUUGUGAUUUUUUGGGAAGUCGCCUCAAAUGUUUUAAUUAUUAUUUAUGGAUUCCAUAUGUGAAUAAAUAACAUGUAGGAUAUAGGAAAAGUUAAAAUUUUCUAGUCAUUUUAAGAAGCUGUUAUUAAUGUUUCUGUUAAUUUAAAGAAGAAAAUGUGAUUUUUUAAUUUAUUAUAUGUUUUUCUCGAAUUGUAUAUUUUGUUUAAUCUCUUUAUAAAGUAAUUGAAUAUAGACGAGAAUUUGAAAAAUAAAGGAAUUGCGAGUUGCGUGAAUGAGAGAGAUUUAUCCGAUUAAUAUUAUGACCAGAUGUAUGUAAUUUUCUCAAUAUAUUUAUUAACUCGUUUAUUGGUAAACUCGAAAAGGUGUUAAGAAUAUGUAUAGAAUUGUAUUUGUUGUAUGUUGGGAAAGAAACAUCUCUGAUGAUGAUCCACAAAAAUGCUUUAACUAUUUCAUUUUAUGUAUGAUCUCAAUGUUUUCAGAUGAUGUUACAAUUAAAGCUUAUUAUAGAAAUGAUACAUGUACCAAUCUAAGAAAAAUCUAUCACCAUAUUACCAAACGUAAUAUUUAAGGCCUCAAUAAUUUCAUUUCAUAUGCAGUAUUUAAUAAAUGUUGACACAUAGGUAUUUUCCUUGAAUGGCACUUUCAGUGAAUGUACAGGGUUUUAUUGGUUUUUGGAAGGAUUCGUAGUUCUUAUUUCUUGUUAUAUUUGAUUUGCUGUAAAUAUUUAAAAAUAUAUUAUUAUACAUUCCCCCUUUACAUUCAAGUUUUUUUAUUAAAACAUUUUCAAUUUUACCAGUUAAAUAUACUAUACAAGUUUAGUUUGCAAAAUGUGUAUAUAAAAGUUAGCACAAUUUAUUUAUUAUCAGUUGCAAUGUUUUAAAGUUUAUUUAAGGGGCUGGCAUAUGUAGGUUGACUCCUAUAUUUAUGACCAUGUGACUGAAAUAUUACAUUUUCUUUUUUGAUAUAUUAACUUGCUGUUUUACGAUUUAAAAUAUAAAUUAAUCAUUACUAAAAACUCACAGGUGUGUAAGCUAAGUUACGAUUUGGUUUGAAUAGUAAAAUGGCAUAUUAAUAUUGACGUUGGGAGACGUUUUUGGAAUCUAAUCUUCUUGUAGUCGCUUGUUAAAAAAUAUCUAUAACUUUAUUUUUAUAAUUACUGACGUUGUUUUACCCCUAUAGACACAUGCUAUGCUUAUAACGAGCUAUAUAUGUAUAAAUCAAAUAUGUAACACGUAUUUGGUAAAUUUAGUAGAAAAUUUUAGGGAAUUUGUAAUUUUUGUUUAUAAGUUUCCUUUGACAAAACUUGUCAUUCAUAUUUAUUACUGUAUAAUUGUAUAAGUAUUAUAUGAAAUAAAGAAAUAAAUU